CACCAUCUAGUUCUCAUCAGGGAAACCUCUACUGGAACUGUCUACUCUCCCACUGUACUUGACUAUUGAGAAGUUAGCAUUUUACUCUAAAACAGAAGUCUACUAAGCUAGAGAAAUGAAGAACCCACAGGAGAGAGCUCUUCACGUGGCCACCCCACUGAGGGAGAGCCUUGCCCUGACCAAAGUGGCAGGCACCUCUGUCUACCUGAAGCUUGACUCAUCCCAGCCCACAGGAUCCUUCAAGAUCAGGGGCAUUGGACACCUUUGCAAGACAUGGGCCGAGCGAGGCUGCGAGAGAUUCGUCUGCUGUUCAGGAGGAAAUGCUGGUAUGGCCGCUGCCUACUCUGCCCGUAAACUUGGUGUACCUGCCACAAUCAUUGUGCCCAGUGUCACCCCCAAACCUACAGUGGAGAGGCUGAGGGACGAGGGCGCCAAUGUGGUCAUUCAUGGCAAGGCACUGAAUGAGAGCAUUGAAUAUGGACAACAGCUUGUGGCCAACAACCCUGGAUGGAUCUUCAUCUCUCCUUUUGAUGACCCUCUCAUCUGGGAGGGCCACGCGUCUCUGGUGAAGGAGCUGGAGUCCGAGCUGCAAGAGAAGCCUGGGGCGAUGGUGUUGUCUGUUGGCGGUGGAGGCCUCAUGAAUGGGGUUGUCGAAGGACUGCGCCGCGCCGGCUGGGACGAUGUUCCAGUCAUAGCUAUGGAGACUGUGGGGGCACACAGUCUCAAUGCUGCUAUGAUGGCUGGGAAGUUGAUCACUCUGCCUGAGAUCACAAGCAUUGCCACCACGUUGGGCCUGACAAGAGUAUCUGCACAGACCCUGAAACUUGCUGGCGAACACACAGUUUACUCCGAGUUGGUCACAGACCAGGAGGCUGUCAAAGCUGUUGAGCGCUUUGUUGACGAUGAGAAGGUCCUGGUGGAGCCUGCGUGUGGCGCUGCCCUGGCAGCUGUGUACUGUGACAUCAUCCCAAGACUGCAGAAGGAGGGCAAGCUGGCGCGAGACCUGGGACCUGUGGUGAUCGUAGUGUGUGGAGGCAACAACAUCAGCAUGAAACAGCUCCAGAAACUGAAGAAGCAGCUGGGCAUGUCAUCUAGCUAGGCAGACAGACAGACAGACAGACAGACAGAUGGCUUUGGGUCCUGCUUAGCCUUUUCCAUCACGCCAUUCCUCUAUUACCCCGAUCCUUCCAGUUGUAGCUCCCCUACUCCAUUGGGCACUACCAAUAAGGGCAUCCGAACAGAAGUCAUGAACUCCAUGGGGCCAAAUCAUUCCAGACUGUGUUCAGUAUAGGCGUACUCUUGAACUCCUGAGAGGGGCUGAGACUGAAGGAUUAACUGACUAUGGAUUCAUCAAUAGCCUAAUGCUAAGAUAGAUACGCAUUGAUAGGCAUACAGAUAGUCUACUGAUCUGGCAGUAGUAGUCUUUGAAUUGAAUAACCUAGAUCCACAGGCGGCCGGUGGCACCUUAAUUGGGGAGGACGGGCUCAUAGUAAUGGCUGGAAUGGAAUUAAUGGAAUGAUAUCCAACACCAUUCCAUUGACUCCAUUUCAGCCAUUAUUAUGAACUGUCCUCCCCUCAGCAGCUUCCUGUGCCUAGAUCCCUCCAACUCAACUCUAAACCUCGAAGGCAGUUCCACUGCUUUUGAAAAAUUAUUCUUCCCCUUUAAUCAGGGACUGAUUUUGACCUGGGACACCAGAUGGGUGCAGUUAUAUCAGAUAUAACUGAAAACCAGUAGUAGUCCAGACCUCGUAGGGUAAGAGUUGAAUACCCCUGACCUAGAUGAUUCACUUCUUGGGUUAAAGUUAAUCAAGUAGAGUCGUAUUGUUGUUUGUAUUUAGCAUGUUUUAUGUUCAUGCAAAAUAUACAAUUGGUUGUAUUUUCUUCACCCCCUUUUGUACUGUAUGAGUGAUAUUUAAAAAUAAAUUAUAUUUAUUUUUCCUGAA